AUGGAAAAUAUUAGCAAAAACAGAGAAAUGAUUAUCAGUUUCACAGAUAUAUCAUUAAAAUAUAAAUAAAAAAAAUAGAGUUUGAUUAAAAAAUCUCUAAUUGAAAAUAAAUACAUAUUAAAACAAGUUUCAGGAUACUUUAGAAAAGGUAUAAAUGCUAUUCUUGGAAGUUCCGGUGCAGGAAAAACCUCUCUAUUAAAUGUUAUUGCUAAAAGAAUCUAAAAUAGUCAUAACACAGAAUUAGAAGGAUAAAUACAAAUUAAUAACAGAAGCUACAAUUAUUCUUAAUUCAAUAACUUAGCUGGUUAUGUUAUGCAGGAUGAUUAUUUGCUUCCAACUCUUACUGUUAAAGAAUACUUCUAAUUUGCUGCAGAUAUGAAAUUAUCAAUUCCAGACAAAGAUAAAUUUGAAAAAGUUAUCAACUUAAUUUAAAAACUUUAACUUACAAACUGCUAAAACACUCUUAUUGGUAAUGUAAUGACAAAAGGAAUUUCAGGUGGAGAAAGAAAAAGAUGCUCUAUUGGAAUCGAAUUGCUCGGUGAGCCUUAGAUUCUUGUGCUAGAUGAGCCAACUAGUGGAUUAGAUUCCUUCACUUCCUACAGAUUAAUUUGUUUACUGAAAAGUAUUGCAGAAAGGGAUAACUGCACUAUUAUUUUUACUAUUCACUAACCUUCAUCAGAUAUAUGGAAUUUAUUUGAUAGAGUUUGCCUCCUUGCAGAUGGGAAGUUUGUAUAUCAAGGAAAAAGAGAGAAUAUUAUUGAAUACUUUAACACAAUAAACUUUAAAUGCCCAAGAUAUAGUAACCCUGCAGACUAUUUCAUCAGCUUAAUAAGUGAAAUUGGAGAACAAUCAACAAAUAGAUUUAAAUAUUUAACAAAUUAGUAUUCUUAACAAUUGGAAUAAAAUGUAAAUGAAACUAUACUGAAGCUAAAUUCAAAUAAUUUAACAUAAAUUAACUUUGUUGCUUCAAUAAAUAAAAUAAAUAGAAUUUCAUAGCAUUACAUGCUUAAAAAACUACUUCUUAGGUAAAUAAAACUAUUAAGUAGAAAUAAAAUAAUGAUAUAUGCCAGAUUUAUGCAAGUGAUAAUUAUGAGCUUAUUUACAGGAGCAGUCUAUUUUAAUUUAAGUAGAGAUUAUAAUUCUUAUACAGACUCUUAUAAUAUAGCUAUUUUCUUAUAUGUAAUUAUGCUUGGUUAAUUUAGCUAAAGUGAAACCCCAUAAGUAAUCAACUUUUCUGCAGAGCGCCCUGUUUAUUUAAAAGAAGUGAACUAAAACCUUUACACAACAGGAGCAUACUUUCUUUCUAAAAUUAUACCUGAAAUAGUUACAUGUUCUAUUUUUCCUAUAAUCAUGGGUCUUAUUGUUUACUGGAUGGUAGGAAUGACGACUUCUGCUUUCCCUUUUUAUUUGCUAGUUUAUAUCCUUUAGUCAAAUGUAGGUAAUUCAUUUGGAAUACUCUCUGGGUCAAUUUUUGAAUAACCUAAAGUAGCAAUUUCUUUUGCCACUACUUUCUUAAUACCAUAGCUAUUAUUUGGUGGAUUAUUCAAAAAUAGGAAUGAUUAUUCUUCUUGGAUAGGGUGGAUUUAAUAUAUCACACCCACAUUUUAUGCAUUUAAUGCAGCUGCAGUAAAUGAGUUCGAAUAAACAAAUUUCCUAUACAAUCCUAUUCUAUACUUAAAUCUAGAUUUAAACAAAUGGGUUUGUGUGGGUAUGCUUGCUACGCUCUAUAUUUUAUUUAACUUUAUAGCAUUUUUAAUAUUAUCUUUUAAAAAGAAGAAUUUAUAAUGA